CCCCCACCCCCUCCUACACUGGAAACACCUCUCGAACUGCCACUGCUACAUGAUACGCAGAGUAGCAGCAAUGUGCACUCUCCAUUUUAGUUCUGCAGUUGGCUCUAGAGGUAUAUUAACUAGUCAUCAUUCCCUCACCUUCUCAAAGACAGAAUGAAAGAAUUCCCAGAAGAAUUGAUCAUGCAUGAGAUUAUUUCAUUUUCCAACUGCAGCGAGCUGGCAUAUAUACAACAUUUUCCUGAUUUAGUUUCCUGGCUUACAUUUCAUUUCAACUUACAUAAUUUUACAUGUACCGGGCGCUCGAGGUUUGGCAAAGAAAAUAAUAAUAAAAAAAAAAUCAAAGAGUAGCCACCAAAAUUAAGCCUUCGACUAGUUAAUUAUCGAACUUGAAAGAUCGACGUACGUUGGAAAUAGUGAAACUUCAGUUUCACAUUGUGCACAGCGAAAAUUCUUGCCACGAUUCAUUCAGUUUAGUCACCGUAAGUGCGACAAAGCUGUCUAAGUUCUCACCUACCGUGGAAUCAAUACAUCAAGUUAGAAGUUCACAGGAGAAAAAGACCCUUCCACACAUCUUCCACAACUGCGCCACUCUGUCCCUGGAAUUCUGCGACCGAUGACAGUGCGACUAAACAGUGCUACUUACAUGACGUACUAGUUUCCAGUCACGUGCCGAGCCAAAUAACACGGAAAACAUAGGGGAAAUCUUUAUACUUUUAGAAUGGAUUUUUUUUGGUUUUUCUUUAGCGUCACGCCAAAUCUCGUAUUCCUCGAAACACAACAGAACCCAGCAUGAAUGAUCAGUCCUUGGUUACCCAUCCUUUUGACAGGGAGGAAGAAGAUUCCCUGCAGCAGCUGUUCACAUCAUUCUGUAAUCAUCUGACGCUCGGACAGUGGGAACUAACUCGUCUAUGUUUGCGGGGUUUAUUCGAUCAGCGUAACGCACUCAAUAAGCCUUUGAAGGAGAUUCUGAGAGCGAUCAUCGAUCAACCACAUCACGCAAGUUAUGGGUCACAGUCCAUUCCUUCUCCAUUCCAUUUAUCAUGGCUGUGUUUGGUGGAGUAUUUGGAUCUUUUCACUAAUGAAGAGGAUCAGAUUCCAGAAUCAAUUGUGAAGAAGGUAGAAUUUCGUCUUCUUCUCUACCUUGCAUGUCAAGAAGCUCCUCAGAAUGUAAUUCAGGAUAUUGAUGACUAUCACAGCCAGAUUGUUUACAGGGACCCUGACCUGUUUGCAUCAGGAGUGUCAGAUCUUCCUUCUUCUACCCUGUCAUACUUGAAACAGCUCCUUUCUGAGAGCCCUCAGUUUGGGCGAGCUGUGGUUAAUGACCUCACCUCCAAAGGCAAAGGGUUUUUGAAAAAUAAUCAGUUGCUACAACAACUUUACGUAGAUCUCAUUAAUGAACAACUGAAAGCCUUGGACUCUGAUGUUGUGGAAGCAGAAUGCAUUGACCCAGCUGCAGUUGGUACAGUGGAAAGCCCGGUUGAUUCUAUCAAGAAACGAUGCAAAUUUAUUUAUCAGAUGCUCUCAUACAUGAACCCAAGCCCUGAAAUGGUUAGCCUAUCUAAGUGUAUAGAUGAUCUUUUCAAGAGUCUUAUAAACCGAACAUGCAUUCACAAGCACAGUAAACUCGACAAGGGCAUGCUGUAUUCCUGCCUUCUCAGCCAACCCGCAACUUAUUUGAUUGAAAAGUUCUGUUACAUUGAAAACCAAAUGCGGUUUUAUGUAGAAGGUCCUCCAGAAUUACCACUGUCGAGGACAUCUCUGCAAGGAUUUAAACGACAAGCUGCAUUAGUUAGUCCCUUUGUUCAAGUUUGUUAUUCACAGUCUUUCAUGGAAGAUAGGAGAGAAGCUUGGAAAUUUUUGUUUUUUCAUGCAUUGGAUGGAAAUCAUAUCUUGGAAAAUAUAGUGGAAACAGCUCUUGUCUUUGUUAAGGAGGGUGACUUUGGUUGUCUGACACAGCUUUUGUCUCCCGUGGAAUUUGUUCGGCUUAAGCCGCUUGUGCUUCUUCUGGGCUGGCCCUACUGCUACAGUUGCGAGAAUGCCAAGAAUCUACUGGAGGCUCUCUGGAAUCCUACUGAGAAGGCUGCACACCCAUCGCUGUAUCAGGCCUGUCAGAAACUGGCUUAUCAAGUUCAACUGGUUCAGUGGUGUACAGAGAAAGCUCGUCCUCUACUUGCAUCAUCUGAAUCAGGCUCGACACGCCAUCAGCAAGCAUCAGAAAUGUUCCAAGGCCUUGAAUCUCACUCGGUACUACACGUGUUGCACAAGUCUGUCAGUCUCGCUCAUCUUCCCGAAAAGGAAGUCUUUGAACUUUUGAGGAAGCGGCCCGUAUUUAGUCCUCUGGAUGCCAAUCAAACCACAAGCUGCCCAACAGAAGUCGAGGAGGAAAGAUUAGAUGAACCACAACAGGCUGAAGAUGUUUCCAAAGAGAAUGCGGAGAAAGGAGGACAAGAUUCGGAAAUUCAUCCCGAAGUCCAGAGAGAUAUUUUUCUGUACCACAGUUAUUGUGCUCUAAGGAAUUUUAUGGAAGCUAUAACGUCGUCUGUAGAAGAGACCUCUGUGAACGAUAGUUUGGAAACAGUAGGCGAAUCUGCUGACGAACAGACUGCUAAAACUUUAGCGCCAGGGAGAAGUGAACGUGCGAAUGGAAAUCCAGGCAUCGCUUCUCAGCAACGGUCGUCUUGUGGACAAGUAGCAAAUAAGCUUAAUGCUGGAAAGCAGCAUUUGGCUCAGGUCUAUCCUUUGACAUACAGAGUUGAAAUUCUGGAGAACAUCUUUAGCCUCCUGUUUGGCACUUAUGAGGAUCUUUAUGAAGGGAGAGUCCAGCAAAAUGAAAGCGAUGAUCUUGAGACUAUGGAUGAAGAAACGAGGAGUUUGUCGAAGAGUAGUCGCACUGGAAGCUGGGAGAGCCUUGCUAGUUCCGUUGACUUGUCGUUUGAUGGUGCAGUUCCACACAGCAGUGUAAAAGAUCAGGAGAAAACUUCGAGUCCAGCUAGUGCAAUGUCUCCAACUUCUGACGCUCAACAGAGGCACAAAGAAACCACUGCACCAUUAGCUUUAGACUCCGUAUCUCGCAGACAGCUCUUUAAAAAUACCAAAUCUGAAUCGGACUCCGCGCUCUUGAAGAAGGUGAUAAAUGGAGAAGAAAGAUCAGUUAUUUUCAAGUCACAAGAUGCGACUGAGCCGGUCAACACGAGACAAUCAGAGAAUGAUUCGUUAAGCGGCAAUCUUCAUUCUAGUAAAGGGUCGUCGAGAGCUGCCCUGCCUGAUGAGAACGAUUUAAAAUGUGAAUUUGUAGUAGAUGAUGAAAUUGUUCCAGAUUUGUUGAAGACACUCAAGGAGUGUCUGAUGGAGCUGAAUACGGCAAAGUUCUCUGAACUCAAGAAAGAAAAACCCGAGUCAUUCUCAAAGCGCCAAGACUUCCUUCAGACCUCAGUGCUUCGCAACACCAUGGAACAGCGCAUUUCACGUCUGGGACAGUUCAUCAAUGAAGCUCAGUGGAGAUUUCAGUUGGUGUCGUGGAAUGACAGCACCAACAAUCAGAAGAUCAGGAACUCCAGGAGAAGACUGGCCAAGAAGAUCCAACAGUUGGUACGUACAGAUGCAAAGUGGAAGGCAGAGGAAGGUCAAGAUGAAGGCUCAGAUGAUACACUGAAACACAGUUCAAGUGAAAUGCCAAGAAAGCAGAGACGUAGAGCAACAGGAUCUAAAGAAAACUCAGGAGAAUCAAGCGCUCAUCUUAGCCAGGAGGUAUCCACAGGAACGGACGAGAACAGAGAAAGAACGCGGAAGAGGAAAAGUGAGAGACGCCGUCUUUCGUCACGGACUUCAGCAUCAGAAGGAGCCAGCUCGCUGAUCAAGGAUGACAGCAUCAUAGCGCGCAUGCUCUCCUCGCCUGACACGCUUAUCUACAUGUGUAUGAGAAAGGACAACUACGAACGCGCCCUUCAAGUUAUUAAAAUGUUUAACAUGGCUGAGAAGCCCAGUGCGCAAGCCGCAGUUUUUGCAGAGAAGUACGGUAAGGCGCUGAGAGAUCUUGAGAGUUUGCAACCCAAAGUGAGGCGUCUUCCAACACAGGGCCUUUCUAAAUCUCGUAAACCGCUAGGCGCCCUUGGAGCCGUUGCCAUGGCAGCAGCCUCUGGUGCUAACACUUCAAUGGUUUCUGAUCUGAUUGACAAGUUGUUGUCGAUACCGUCUCUGUCGGCCGUGUUGAAUCCCAGUCUCAGCUCAGAGGACUUGGCGAGUGGGAAUUCAACACUGGUAAAGUUCCUGGAUCCGCAAAUGGUUCCAACAAUGUUAUGUGUGGAUCUGGCGUGUACAGCGGCUGUAUCGUGGUCUGUCUGUAAGACCUUGCUGGAGAUGGCGAAAAGUCGCAUAAUAGGAGAUCCCUCAUCUUCUUCCAGCAAAUCAUCUGGUCUUCUGCCCGGUGUAAAGCCAUUUAUGAACCAACUAGAGGAGCUUCUUAAUCAGGAAGAGUCACGUGGUAGAGCCCAGGCCCCAACUGGUGGUAUCACGAUCUCUGUCACUCCGAAGCCUAAUGCUUUAGAGGUUCUUCUCGUGGGAACCCACCCUAUUCGUCCUAAGGACAUGGAGGCACACAAAAAACUUAUCGCUAGUCAAGAGGAGGCAUUCAAACGAUUUGAGCAGGCGUUAGAGGAUGGCGACCCGCUGAUUCGCAGUGUGGAUGAGGUUUCUAAACAAAUCGCAGGCCACAAACAUCUUGGCAGGCAAAUCUCGUUCAACCUGAUGGAGAAGAGCCUGGCGGUGAGAGUCGCAAUGAUCGAGUUGCAGAAAGCGUUUGAUUGCGUCGAGGGGGCUAGUCACGUGACCACAGCUGUUGGAGGAGGACUGGAGCAGAGAUAUGACUACAUGAAAAGUUUGUUUAAACACGUCGAUGCUUUGGCGACGCUGCUGUUGUUUUGGCAGCAGGCAAAGGCAGCAGAUUCUGCGUCUAACGUUCCUACUGAUAUAGACCUGAAUCGUCCCAGUGCGCUCAAAGUGUCCAAUCCAUUUGUCGUGUUAAAUGAAGGCAUUGCAGAAACUCUUGGAAAGCCUAUGUUUGAAAAGAACAUUGCUCCAAAAAGUUUAGAGGCUGUGGCAAAGAAGCUGCAUGUCAACCUCUCGAAGGUCAUCGUGUACAACUGCUGUCCUGCGGUGUCUUCACUGGGUGGGAUCUCUCGUCGAGAUGUCCGCUGGCCGUCUUCUAAUCCGGUUAUUCUGAAUACUGGAAGCCGCUGGACAGAUAGCGUUCGAGAUCCCAACACUGUCGCCAGGGAUUUGUUGUCCAGAAUGGUUGAACUACUCAAAGAUGUGGCCAAGUCUCAGGGCGGUAUCGUUGAUUCAAAGACGGUGGCUAAUGUCACCAGGAGAGACGAAUUCGUGGCUCUCGCGCGGGGUACUGGUGAACUUCAGAGCGUCAACCUUGACUCGCUGAGCUCGGACGCGGCUAAGGUAUGCUUCUACGUCAAUACCCUCAAUCUUCUGAUUGCGCAUGCGUCACUGCUUCAGUUUGCGGACGGCUCUGGAGAGGAGAUGAGCGAAGUGGAAUGUCACAUUUCCCGGCAUGCUUCAUUUACCCGGCUCAUGGAUGCACUGUCAAGCUCUGGAGGGGAGGGGAGAAGUGGAGAUUCAGUUCCCUUGACCGCCCUAGAGAGGAUUGCGUUUCUCAAGCAGCACUGUUACUGUAUCGGUCAGCUGGGCAUAGUCAGUGCGUUCGACCUGCAGUUCGUUAUUUUACACAAAGGUCUGGUGCCGCCGAGUACAUUUGGAGAGGGAGUGAUUAUGUGUUUUCCAGAACGAUAUGCUGAUGACGACAAGAGAAGGUUCAAGCUCGCCACUUCUGAGAAGCGAAUUAUUUUUGCAAUCUGUGACGGCUGUGUGUCUUCCCCUCAGCUUCAGGUGUUUGACGUAGAUGAACUGGACGCGCAGCUCUCCACCGCUGUAGUUUCUUACUUAAAUUCCCGGGUAUCAUUGAACCAGCAAACUGGACAGAUAAACCUGCCUGAGAUCCUUCACUGGUACAGGAAGGACUUUGAAAUAAGACCACUAGAUCCACCCGGACCCGAUUCUCCUAAAGAACCUGAUGUUUCUCUUCUGCUACAGCUGGAGCCGUAUCUUUAUCCCGAUACCGCCGCAGUGCUUCAACAAAUGCUUCCCAACAUCACAGAAAUCGCAUUUACACCAUUUUGUUGGACCUUUGGUUACAGGUUUGAGUCUGCGAUGCUCGAGCGGUCUUCCUCGGCCUCAGUCUUCCAGCGGUCCAACUCUGUCCCGGACAGUCUUCUCAGCAUGGAGUUGUCUGUUCUGGCGCGGUCAAGGAGGGUUGAGAAAAGAGGACUAUUCAGCUUGAACGACGUAACUUUGGAGUAUUUAGAGGAAAAGUCACCGUUGAUUGCUGCUUUGGCGAGCUUGGUGUGCUCCGCACCCGUGAAAAUGCAGACUUCCGAAGAAGUCAUUGCACAAACCUCAAGCGAAAAUUGUGAACCUGUGGACGAAACAAUCGAGCUUCCCUUCAAAGUUGCUUUGGAAAAAACUGCGAAAUUUCCAGUUCUUCAGAGGUACAUUGUUUGCAAGCUCUACAUGAUAGCAGAAAUGUUGACUCCAGCGGAGUUAGAAGAAGCCGGCGGCAGUUGUGGCAGUUAUGACCUCAUUAAGCUCGAUUCAAACCUUCAGAUCUUACAAGGAGGGACCCACCCGCCGGAAAUCUCGCUGUUUUCCGUGUCUUUGGCCCCUGAAGGCAGUCGGUCGCUACAGAAUGCUUUUCUCAGGGCCAGUGACUUUUUCUUGCGCAAAGGUUAUUUUGAAGAACUCUUGGAGUUAAUCAGUUCGUCCAAUCUUCGCGGGGAUGGAGUCGGAGGCCCUGCCAUCGACUUUUUGUUGAGCUCCGCUAUUCUGAGCAAAGGAGGAACGAGAUCUGAGCUACGCGAGACACUGAAAACAGUUUAUCAUCAGUUGAAGAUUCCAGAAUUAAAGUUAAAUCACGUAGUACAAAAGAAACCUUGGGCUCUUCUACCUCGGAUCAAAGAUUACCAUCAGUUGACGCGUUUAGUGAUGAGAAAACUGAAGGAGUGGAACGCUAAGACCUGUAUUGACUUAAUCGACCUGUGUCUGUCACGUCCCACCAAAAACACUGUCUUGACAAAAGACUUGGAGAGGAAGAGAAAGGAGAUAUCCUUGUAUCAAAAGAUUUCUCGGUGUGCCAAGUCCCCUCAGUUUCAAGCCACCCAGCAGGAACAAAAACAGCAGCAUUCCUUGUUAAGUCUCAAACAGUGGCAAGGUGUGGCAGUCAUGUCCGAGGAAGAACCGCGAAAUGUUAUGGAGUUUUUGUUGUCUGUUCAACAGUUUGAUCUCGCUGUGGACUGGGCUGAGCUUCACAAUCUUCCUGGUCAUUUUCACAAGACCAUCAAAGAAAGUCAACUAAAGCACCUGCUUGCCGAGAGCGCAGAGGAUCACAUGAAGGCUUACAGGAUCUUAGAGGGGCUUCAAGACCAUGAAAUGUCUCUUGGCAUCUGCGAGUCUCUUCUAUCUCAGAACCUUCACGUCGGUCAAACAUUGUUUAUAAUUCAAUUCAUGCUCACCAACCUCCCCUCCCUGCUGUCUCCAAUCCGUAUAGAGAAGUUACUGUGCACCAAGAUGGGCGCCAAAGCACUACUGUGCUUACCAGACCCCGCGCGGCCGCAUUAUGAGCACCUUGUCUCCAGGCCUCCCCUCUUGCUAGAGCAGCUUCUCAUGAAUAUGAAGGUUGAGUGGGCCGCUAAAGUCUUUCAGCGCAUCCAGGUUGAUGUGAGCUGCAUGGAAGAUGUUGAGAGCCUUGGUGAUCACGGAUGCACAGUGAAGGCGUUUGAUGAAUUGUUGACUACGUAUUCCUCUAAGGCGCUGGAGUUUCAAGUUGUGCAAAUGGAGCGAAGUCAAACAAAGGAACUUUGCAGCAGCAUCAUGCAGAGUCUGAUCCAGACCCCCUCUUCCUCGCCUACGUCUUCCAUGACCACCAUGCCUGGUCGAAUAACGCCCAUUCCGGAGUCUGGGCGCUACACGCCUGUAACUUCGACACCAGUGAAGGAAAGAGGAGCGCGGGAAUCUACGGCCGGGAGCCUGGAAAGGAAAGUUCAAACCUUUCCACGAAGAAAAAUUUCUCUUGACUCGCGAUUGCCGACUAUGGAAAAAGAGAAGAAAACCCAGAGACCAACUACGCCCUCGUCUACCACCGGGAGCUUGGGUACAAAGAAGACCGCGGUUCAAGGUGGUCAGCAGCUGUAUAUUCCGCCAGUCCUGCCACCAAAGAAGGAGAACUGGAUGCCAGACCAACAAGUAUCAAUAUGUGUCAUCUGUCAUGAAAAGUUUAGCAUGUUCAAUCGCCGACAUCACUGCAGGCGCUGUGGGCGAGUUGUAUGCGGGACGUGUUCCCAGCAUAACUACCUUGUCCCGGGGUACGGGAAGUAUCCCGUUCGCGUGUGCGAUACUUGUUUUGAAUACUUCUACACAAACUGGUCUCGUCCACUUCGUGAGGAUUUAACCGCAUCCAUUCGCUCAGAACCAAAUUCUUUGGAGAAGAGACGCAGCUCCCAAGGACUUGCAGAGAACACAGAAUCCAGUGGAACAAGUAGUAUCAUAGGUGGCAGUUAUCUGGAGAGAACACCGUCCACUGAGUGGCUCACUGAAGACAUGAAUGCACGUUGUCUGUGGAAACUGAGUUUGGAUGAAGAAAAUAACUCCUUACUUAGAGAUGAAUUCUUCUAUGAACAGGCCCCAAGUGCUUCCCUGUGCGUGUCCAUUUUGGACCUUCACAGUGACGUCAAGGCCUGUGGCAUGCUGAUUCUGGACCUGUGUAACUCGCUCUCUCAAAAGUUGGUCUCAGUGGCCCCUGGUGUCAGAAAUGAGGAGCUGGACCAUAACCUGCUUAUAAGUAUGAUCCGCUAUCUGUUGUUCAACGCUAAACUCAAGAUGAUGAAGGCUGGAGAGACACAAGGCGUGGAGCUUUGCGAUACGUACCUUGGUCAUGUGGAUCUAAUGAAGUUUCUAGUAGAGUCGAACUGUGGAGACAUCCCUUCACUUCGCGACCUCAUGCACCCCGACUCUGCAAGGCGUCUUCGUGACCGAUUUAUUGAAGCAGAACGGCUCUCUCUUGCCAUGGAAGUUUCUACCAAGUGUGGUCUUGACCCCUCAGGGGUGUGGGGAGCGGCUGGAUUUGCUCUUUUACAAGCUGGAGAUUUCCCUGGGGCCAGAGAAAAGUUUGCACAGUACCUGGAAAAGAUCAUCGACAUUCUUCAGUCGUCUCCACUUCUGGCCUACAGACAGUCUACAGAUGACCUGAUGUCACCGUUGCGUGGCCUCUUGGAAAACGGCCGAAAUUUCCAGAGUGGUAAUUCGUACUUAGAUCCCAAACGGUUUGACGAAUGCCUUUACUAUCUUCAUAAGUACGGUAGCCCGUCAUCUCUUGUGGCAUUUUACGUCAGGCACGGUCAUCUAAAGCUCGCUUGCAGGUACAUCAUAGACAAGCAAUGUUCUGUGGAAGUGUUCAUCGAAAGUUUGUUCAUGCGCCUUGUUCUCAAAGGUAAAUUUACGCAGCUGAAAGAGCAGAUGGAAACCGCUGACCCGACAUUGCAGGCGUGGAUGCCUUAUUUGACCGCGGCUUGUAAAUUUUUACUACGCCGAAGUUUUCAUCAUCUGCUGUACGAAGUACAGGUGUUUAUGAGGGACUUCUUUCGCGCCGCUCAGACUUGUAUCCGGUUUUACGAGGGCGCGGCCGGUGGACCCGUGACGUCAUACGAAGAUCUCUACUCUCGACUUCAUUACCUCGAGGAAGCUAAACAGCACAUUGAAGCUGUGAUCGCCGAGAAGAAAUCCCCCAAGGGAACUUGUAACACCGUGUUUGCGUAUUUGCGACAGCGUAGCACUACCAGUGUAAAGAGCGUUGCCGAAGAACCCUCUCACCUAACCAUGUCACUGUCCGAGUUGAACAGUCAUAUGAACACCAUCAACUUACAGAUGGAGGUUACGAGCUUCAUGCAUCAGUGCGCUGUGGACCGAGGGGGGCUGGGUCUACUACGAGCGACUGAAGGAAAUCGACUGCCAACCCUUUUCGGAAAUGGACAUGUUAGGGCAGAGGUGGUUGUCCAGGUCCUUCUUGCUGGAGCAACAAUCCUAGAUGGUUUCAGCUUGGCCAGCCGAAUAAUUCAGGAUUUUAAUCUGCCUGCUGCACGUGUUUACGUGGACGCUGGCCGUUCGCUGGCGCGACAGUACAAGUACUCACACAUUGAAGAACUUCUACGUUGCUCGGGGGAGACUGGACAAGUAACAGACAAAUGUCAUGAUGAUAUCAUUCUGGCAUGCGUCAGUAUUGUGGCCGCUGACCAGAGUCAGACGAAGUACCUGGAAGGACUAAUUAAACUUCUGAAGAAUGACAUCAACAAGAUAAGCGCUUUCCUAAUGUGCGGUAAACUAAAAUCCGCUUAUCUGAUCGCUGUAAAAGGAGACCGGGUGGACGCCAUUCGGGAAAUCGCUGAGCUGGCGGAGAAGACAGGACAAAGUAAAAUGGUGGAGAUCUGCUCCAAGUAUCUGUCGCAAUAUGAUAAGAGAAGGCAAACUCUGGAAAGACGAACGACGCAACGAAAACAAGGCGCGGAAUACAAGAGAUGACGAGACGUUGCAAGGAAAAAUCUAGGGUGAAUUUUUCAAGAUAGUAUUUCGUAAUUUAUCUCAGUUGUCCCAUUCUUGUUUCUCUCUGAUUAAGCUUUACCAAUUACUUGCUGUUUUGCUACCUUAGUCAACUAAAUUUUAAAAUUUUCUCUGAUUUUCAUACAGGUAACUUGUACGUUGCUAAGAAUGCCGGAUGUAAUACAUCGUUGACUGCAAGCAGGCUGUUGUGUUUAGGGCGGGGACGCGAGCGGCGAAGCCGCGAGAAACACACACGCAUGAGUCGAAACCGCGAGACGAGCCGGCGCGCUGUGUCUAGUUAGGCCUCCCACGCGUCGUUCUUAAACUCGCUCGCGCGCCGAAGCGAAAGGUCAGAUAGCUGCACCCAAACACUAGAGCCCGCUCGCAGGCUAAAUUUAUCGUUUCUUAAAGGGGCUAGGUCACUCACAGCUGGUCCAGACAAAUAAUGAACAUUUUCAAGCGCGCACGUCACUUGACCCAUCAGACAUAAGACACAAAUACGAAAUGUUAUAAAAUUGCCAGUUAAUAUAGUUCUUUAGUAUAAAUCUACUAGCGAUAUAUCACGAAUGGCGUUCUCUGAUUGGCUACGCUACUCACUAUCUAUUCUGUUGUAGAUAGCGAGUAACGCAGCAGUGUGCGCUUUUUAACAAACUGGCAGCCGAUUCUUUGCGUUUUCGAAAUGUCUUUGGAUAAAGUUUUGAACAACUAGUAGAUUUAUACUAAAACAAUUAGAUU